AACUAUCUUUUAAGUGUUUGUUUACUAAUAAAAACUAACCUGUAUUAUAUGUGUGCUGUGUAGUAGGGUAUAUGAUUUAUUUUUAAAGCGGUUUGUCCAGUUUAUUUAUGAAGAAAUUGGUUAUAACAGCUCACGAUAAGACUAAAUACUAGGAAUUAUCUGUUUUUUGGUUAAUGUGUAUGGUUUAGACAAGUUCCACAAUGUCAUCUCUAUUUGGUUCGUCUAUCACUCCCGGACUACAAUUAGGGAUAGAUGUUAUCAACACUGUAGAUUCUCAGAAAUUCCCUCUGGUACUGAAUAGAGUUGCUCAAUGUAUCCAAACCAAAUCAGAUGACUUGAAGCCAUUUUCUACUGAAGAGGUGGAAAGAUUGUCUACAACCCUUUCUAUCAGCCAAUCAGAGCUACAGUUGAUGUUAGAUUGUUCAACAUUGAUAUUGAAACAGGCAGCGUUCAACGUAACCAAGCCAGCAGUGUUACAGCAGCAGUUGUCUGAACACUGGAAACUGAACGAGGACAAGGUAGACGCAUUUGUGUCCACAUGGACGAAUCAAGCGAAGAACAUUGUUGGAGCCAUCAAACAGAAAUCCAUCCAUCCAAAACAGGUGGAGGGGGUGAGUUGGUUGCUGAACACGGCGGUAUCAAGUGAUACAGGGCUGCUGCUGGAACCUCGUGCCGUAGUGGAACUAAAGUUGAGACAGUCUGAUAGUGGCAAGGGAAACCUUAGACUUGACUUGGACCAAUCACAGUUGCAGAGAUUUUAUGAGACCUUGGAGACCAUCCAGUCCAGCCUAGACAACUUGCGAUGACAGAGCAACGUUAAAACAGUGGACAUUGUUUUCACUUUGUUAUUAUUCUUUUUUAAUGUUGUCUUUAUGUGUGUAUUGCAUACAUAGUAUUGUUAUUAAAUUUUGAGGUAUUUAAUACCCGUUAGAAAUAAAGAAAACUGGUUGGAUUAUCUUCUCUGUGUAAAAAUUAUUUUGGUAUUAUUGUGAGGAAAUAAUAUAAUUUAAUUUAGAUUUUAAAUUAGAAUUCGCUUUAUGAACUUUUACAAUUUUAUACGUUUCGGAGCUCUCUUUUUCCAUGAUACAAGUAUAAUUAAUAGAUACAAAUAAAGUAAAUGAACGAACAAUAUUUUUAAAGCAGUAAUUUUUCGGGUAAAGCAUUAUUCUAUAAAAGUUAUAUUACAUUAUUCUGUAAUUUUUAUCAUAAUAUAAAACGUGUUUAGUAUAAAAAAAAAUGUUGUAAAAAUACUUUUUCUUGGAUUAAAAAAAAUAAAUGUCAAGGUUUAUUGGCUACGUAAGCUAAGCAACAUAAUCUUAUUAUUUUAUAAUAUCUUUUCUAGGGAGAAGUGAUAUUCAUCUUUUGUUGUAAAAUAUCUUUAAAUAUAUUAUUAUUAAAAAUCAA